AUGGGCUAUUUCGAUGAAAUCAAAGAAAAGGUAAAAGUAAUAUCAGUCCGGCGAAGCUUUUCUCGUUUUCCGGCCCCGAUCUCGGCGGAUCGCCACUUUUAUCGGGCGGCGGACCACAUGGCGGUGGAUAGUGCGUAUCUGAUGCAGUUUGUGGACGAGACCUCGUUUUACAAUCGCAUUGUUCUGAGCCACCUUCUGCCGUCGAAUCUGUGGGAUCCUUUACCGCAUUUCUUCCAGACAUGGCUCCGGAAUUACCUCGCCGGGACCCUACUCUACUUCAUCUCCGGCUUUCUCUGGUGCUUCUACAUCUAUUACCUCAAACAUAAUGUUUAUCUGCCCAAAGAUGCGAUUCCUACAAGAAAGGCUAUGCUUUUGCAAAUGUAUGUGGCGAUGAAGGCGAUGCCUUGGUACACUCUUCUUCCAACUGUGUCCGAGAGUAUGAUUGAAAAUGGUUGGACCAAAUGUUACUCUAGAAUAGGCGAAAUCAGCUGGUUCCUCUAUUUUGUUUCCAUCGCGGUCUAUCUUGUUUUUGUUGAGUUUGGUAUUUAUUGGAUGCACAGAGAGCUUCAUGACAUUAAGCCUCUGUAUAAGUAUCUCCAUGCGACCCACCAUAUCUACAACAAGCAGAAUACGCUUUCUCCCUUUGCCGGGCUUGCGUUUCACCCAAUAGACGGGAUACUUCAGGCUGCACCGCAUGUGAUGGCUCUGUUUAUAGUGCCGAUUCAUUUCACAACCCAUUUAGGUCUUUUGUUCAUGGAAGCGAUAUGGACAGCGAACAUCCAUGACUGCAUCCACGGUAACAUAUGGCCAGUAAUGGGUGCAGGGUACCACACGAUACACCACACAACAUACAAGCAUAACUAUGGUCACUAUACCAUAUGGAUGGACUGGAUGUUUGGCUCUCUAAGGGACCCUCUCUUUGAAGAAGACGGCGACAAAGACAGCUCCAAGAAAAAAGCAGAAAUAGAAUAUGUAACUUGGGCGCGCACAAGCAGAGAGACAACGUUUUACUUUUCCAUGGCGGAGGAUAAUGGGUAUCUUACUCAGUUCGUCGACGAGACAACGUUUUACAACCGAAUCUUCCUGAGUCACCUUUUGCCGGCGAAUCUGUGGGAACCUUUACCACAUUUCCUCCAGACAUGGCUCAGGAAUUACCUCGCUGGAAACCUUCUUUACUUCAUCUCCGGUUUCCUCUGGUGCUUCUACAUUUAUUACCUUAAACACAACGUUUACUUUCCCAAAGAUUCUAUUCCUACGAGAAAGGCAAUGAUUCUGCAAAUAUAUGUGGCGAUGAAGGCUAUGCCUUGGUACACACUUCUUCCAGCUGUCUCUGAGUACAUGAUCGAGCGUGGUUGGACCAAAUGUUACUCUACACUUGACCAGUUCAACUGGUUCCUCUGUUUGCUCUACAUCGCCCUCUAUCUUGUUUUAGUUGAGUUUGCGAUUUAUUGGGUUCACAAAGAGCUUCAUGACAUUAAAUUUCUCUAUAACCAUCUCCAUGCAACACACCAUAUCUACAACAAGCAAAACACACUCUCUCCGUUUGCUGGGCUUGCAUUACAUCCGUUGGACGGGAUACUCCAGGCUGCACCGCUCGUGGUUGCUCUGUUUAUAGUACCGAUUCAUCUCGUAACACAUCUGAGUAUUUUGUUUCUGGAAGGGAUAUGGACAGCGAGCAUCCAUGAUUGCAUCCAUGGUAACAUUUGGCCUAUUAUGGGCGCAGGAUACCAUACCAUACACCAUACCACAUACAAGCAUAACUAUGGUCAUUUUACCAUUUGGAUGGACUGCAUGUUUGGCACUCUUAGGGUUCCAGAAGACAACUGCUUCAAGGAGAAAGCAAAGUGAGAGAAUGCUCAAAAAAGUUUCACGUUUUUUCUUCAUUCAUGUGUUGUUCUUCUCGUGACUCUAUUUUUUAAGUCUUGUAAUCACUUUGUUGUAAUUUGAACACAGUCUGCGGCAAAGUUUCUGAUUAAAUUAGUUAUUUACAUGAUGGAAUUACAAA